AAACUCUUUGGGAAGAAGGACAUGAGGAUACUCAUGUUGGGGCUCGACGCUGCCGGGAAGACCAGUAUCCUUCCAUAAAUAACUGGAGAUUACAGAGGAUUACUAGGAAUUACUGGGGAUUACAGAAGUUUACUAGAAAUAACUGGGGUAUCUGUGGUUUGUGUUCGUUGUGGUGGUGGCUGCAUGGCUUUACAGGUGUGCCUGGUGUGUGUGUGUGUGUGUGUGUCAUUGUGGUCGGGUGAGUUCAUGUCUGGACAAACAGCAGUAAGUUUUCACUUCCUACACUUUGAGGAAAGCUGCCGGAGGGUGGAUGUUGUAGAAUGUAUGUACUCUAUCACACACUCUAUGGCCGAGUUUACACAAUGCCUUGAUCCGGAUCGUAACCCGGAUUAGUUCUAAUCCUGAGUAGUGCAGUCAGGAUCAUGAUCUAAUCCUACUCCAGAAGGUGGAUUAGAAGUGGGUUUGGUUUAGCUCAUAUGUAUGUAGCUGAACAACACGUAGGGCAUACUUUAUUUUCUACUCAUACUUGCACAAUCCUCGCGGAGUAGAGCGACUUGCAACACAUCCAUCCAGCUUUGUAGUACGUAACUCUCUGAGCGUUGUACACCUGCCACGCCUCCGGAUCUGUAUCCGGAUUUGUAUCCGUGUAAGCUCGGCGUAUAUAGAGUGUCGCAUACUGUACAAACAGGCCACUUUUCCUCGUGUCAGCAGCUGAUGUACACAUACAUAAUGAGCACUAACAACAAACUACACGUACACACACUUUCCGUUCCUUAAAUGACGCUGUUAAUAUACCGGUGCAGAAGAUGCAUAUUUAUGUAUGUAUGUAUGUAGCUGGCCUGCAAAGUUUGCCGCGAGUUAUGCUUUGAAUCGCACAACAGUUCAUUCCACUUGUUGUAAGACACACAAUAAAUGAUCCUGUGCAUAUAUAAGACUCUUCUCGGCUUUCCCUAGACUAUAGGACACGCAUGAAAGACUUUUUAUAGUGUGAUUUUUUUACCUGUGGGGAUAUGGCGUACAGAAUGUUCUCUCCCUUAAUGUUUUCCAUUUAUUAGGCAUUAUACAAUUAUACUUCCUACAUACGUACAAUGUGAAGUUAAGGUGUGUACCGUAGAACUAGAGAAAAGAAGGUGUACCGUUCCUUGACCCGCUGUUCCCCACAGCCAUCUUGUACAAGCUAAAACUGGGUCAGAGUGUGACCACCAUCCCCACGGUGGGCUUCAACGUGGAGACCGUCACGUACAAGAACGUCAAGUUCAACGUCUGGGAUGUCGGCGGCCAAGACAAGAUACGUCCUCUAUGGAGACAUUACUACACUGGAACACAGGGCCUUAUAUUUGUAGUGGACUGCGCCGAUCGAGAUCGAAUGGAAGAGGCACGGCAAGAAUUACAUCGUAUCGUCAACGAUAGAGAAAUGAAAGAUGCCAUAAUCUUAAUUUUCGCCAACAAGCAAGAUCUUCCAGAUGCUAUGAAGCCACAGGAGGUACAAGAGAGCCUACACAUGACAAAACUGAGGGAACGGCAGUGGUACGUCCAGCCAUCGUGUGCAACCAGCGGAGACGGUCUCUACGAGGGGUUAACAUGGCUCACCUCAAAUCACAAGAACAAAAAGUGACCCGUUAGAACUUAUCAUAGCUAACAUAUUUGUUUAUUAUCUCUCUGUUAAUAGCAAUUAACUUUCACACACACACACAACUGACUACACGUGUGCUGUCCAUCACAUACGAAAGCUGUUAGGUUAUUUCUUCCUUAUUAUUGUUACAGCUCGCACGUUAUUAUUUCAUUAUCCAAAUUAAGGCCAAUGUGUUUGUACUAUGCAUAUACGUAUUAUUUUGCCUCAACUGUGCAUUAUUCUUGUGUUGUUUUAGUAAUUAUAAGUUGCUCGUGCACUUGUUACACAAAUUAUUUUUGCUGCGGGUCUGGCGUUGUAAUUGGCGCGUGAAAUGAACCUA